GGUGUUGGUUGACCAUACUUCACCAUUCUCGUCAUUGCAAAUUGAAAACAAGACGCGUUUAUAGGAGAAUGGACCGUACCGUUGUGUUGUUAUUGCUUCAGGUUGGCCGCCACCAAAGCAGUGAAGCUCUCGAGGAGGGAAUUGCUGGUCGUGAACGUCCACGCGUCCUGUCACGAUGUUCUGGAUCACGUGAUGCUGCGAGUGAAGGAGAAGGGUGAGCUGCGGCGGUUCUCCCUCUACCUCUCAGCUCAGCUCAUGUAUGGCCUGGCGUGCGUUUUCUCUCGCCAGAGCAGCUACCUCAUCGAUGACGUGCGCUCAUGUCUGGAGAAGUUGCACAGAGCGGCGACGGUGGCUCGCAUAGACAUGGAGGAGACAGAGAGACUGAGGCUGACGCUUCCGGAUCAGCUGGCCAUCAUGGAAGAGACCCUGGGAGCUGCUGACCCCUGGUUCGGGGUCAUGACCUUCCAAUCCCCAGCCUCAGAAACUCUCCACCCAAUCGAGUUUCAAGCAGAUGUGUUGAGUCCCCUACCUCCAUCUGGCUCUCCUCUAUCGCCUGAGCCACCAUUUACAAUGAGAGAUGUAAUGUCUCUGGUGCCAGAGGCAGGCAUGUUUGCAGAGCAAGCGGACCUGCCUGAGCUGUCCCCGCAAGAGAUUCAACACCUCCUAUCUCCCCACCUGCUCUCUCCUCUCGCUCCGCACGAAGCUGUGGUGGAGGAGGAUGAGGAGGACUUACGCAAGGAUGUAACAUUUGAAGAUUCUGGCGUCACUCAACAUCCAUCCAGGAUUUCACUGGAGACCGACGUGGACGUUACGAAGAGGCGUACGGUCGAAGAUAUCCUAGCUGCGUCACUCGUCGCUUCUCCUGACGCCCUGCAGGUCACACUCCCUGGAGCUGUAGCUCCAGCCAUGCCAAGCCCCCCCUCACCUCUUCAUAGAGCGGAUGACAGCAUGGACAGCCCCUUCCACCUGGCCCCCCUCAGCCCUCAGGGGGUCGCCCGCCCCCCCUAUCGACGACGCCGCCGCCGCCUCUUCAUCGACGACGUCAUCCAGAUGCCGCAGGACGAGAUGAGGGCCCAGGUGGACAGGCCCCAACGCGCGCUGCAGCCGUUUGUUCCAAUUGAGCCGGAAUCCAUUCAUAGGAAUUCCGUCUCUUAUCUUUUCAGAAACCCGGCAUCAGGCUGGCUGAUGGCCCCUCUACGUGAGCUGUGGGACAGGGCGGCUGCCCCUCCAGUGUCCGCCAGAAGACGGCCGCACGCCCCCACCGCGUCUCCCUCGUCUGUCUUAAGCGAGACCGAGGUGGUGAGAGCACAAGUGGAGAGGAGCACCUUGCUUGGAGUCACCGGAGAAGGAAUAGAGUCUGUGGAUGGGGAGAGCAUCACUUCUGCAGAAAUUGAUAAGUUUCCCAGAGCCUUGGUUCACGAUGUGGUGAUGGAGGCGGCGGUGCCGGAGGAGGUGGAUAUGAUGGAGGCUUCAGUGGAGGAAGCUUCCCCUGCAGUCGCCCGCUUCCCCGCGGUGCCCUCGCGCUCCCCCACGCCUCCCGCCAGGGUUCGAUCCCCGCUCCAGGCGGCGGAAGCGGCGGCGGCGGCGAUGCGGAAUCAGCUCCUGCAGCGCAUCGAGGAGUUGACACGAGAGAUGGAUGACACACUUAUGUCCCUUCUCAUCCCACAUGACCGCACAACACGUGGCAUGGCAGCCAGAGUCUUCAAUAUGUGUUUGGAACUGGCUGGGCACCGUAUUAUCGCUUUGGAGCAGACGCAGCCGUUUGGGGCGAUCCGGAUCACACGUGGACCCAACUUCACCAGCGUCCGAUGAGUCCAUUAUAAGAUUACUGAUCAAACCUUGCUGGCAGUGGCACAGGAGGUGUGUUAAAGAUGUUCAAACACCAAAUAGACAGCACAGCAGCUAUCAGCAGCUAACUUGUGGCAAAACAUGCAGACACCCUCUGCUAACAAUAAUAAUAAUAUGAAUGUACGCAUUCUCUUUGAAACUGAUUAGCCUACAGCAGAGCUCCAGGCUUCUAUUUGACCUCGUCUCACCAGCAAUGCAAGACCAGAGCACGCCAAGAUGUGAACAGUUCACGGGCAGUGCAAGUUGUCGGGGCACUUAGAGCUCGGCUUGAGCGGUUAUUAUCGAUCCAUGGAACCUUGUCAGUUUGGUGUUUGAACAUCGAAACGUCUGUCAGAAAUGGGGCAGAGCCCAUUCUCAUCGAUACAAUUAUCAGACAUUUAGAUUGUUGUGCACUAUUUUACAUAUGGCAUUAUGUUUGUUGCUAUAUUGCUUUGGUUUUACGUACAUGGUGACAGACAACAUUGAAGAAGUGUAAUCUGUGCGGCGUGCAUUGUCGCUGAGGAUUACAACGACUUUAUUACAUUUCUUGCACGUGUUAAAAUUACUCACCUUUAGGUUUGAUAAGCGAGGACACAUUUAAUCAGCAGCUAUUAAACGUAUUCUAUGAUAUUUUCAAAAGUACGUAAUAAUUACGCUACAUUUUAAUAUGUUAAUAGUGAUAAUUAAAGUAUAUUUAUUAUAUUUAAUGUAUUUAUUAAAUACGUGUAUUAAAUAUUUUAUUGAUUGUUUCACACGCAAAUAUAUACAAAGAGAAUCAAACACAGCAACAACAUUAAUACCUCUAUAUGCGUACAUUCUGUGAACUAAGAUUCAGUACAAUGAACUUGGGGUUUUUCUUACCAUUAUACUACACACAAAGCUAAAAUAAUGAAGUUAAACAAUGAUUAAAUGCACUGAAAUUAAUAACUAUUUUAUACAUUGGUCAUGAAUCAGAAUAACAUUAUUUUGAUUCGCUGUUUAAUUUAUUUACGUGAGUUUGUUUAUUAUGCUACUAUACAGUGUAAAGUAUAAUAUUAUUUUCCGUCUAGAUUACCUUUGCGUAAGGUAAGUUGAAAAGUGUCUCUUAGUAUUAAACGGUAAGUUACCAAGGUUAGGGGAGUGCAUCCUCAUAGCACGAAUGUCCUAAGUUAUUCUAAACUAGUCUCUAUUAAAUCUAAACUAGUCUCUAUGAAAUCUAAACUAGUCUCUAUUAAAUCUAAACUAGUCUCUAUUAAAUCUAAACUAGUCUCUAGUAAAUCUAAACUAGUCUCUAUUUAAUCUAAACUAGUCUAUAUUAAAUCUAAACUAGUCUCUAUUAAAUCUAAACUAGUCUCUAUUAAAUCUAAACUAGUCUCUAUUAAAUCUAAACUAGUCUCUAUUAAAUCUAAACUAGUCUCUGUUUAAUCUAAACUAGUCUCUAUUAAAUAUAAACUAGUCUCUAUUAAAUCUAAACUAGUCUCUAUUAAAUCUAAACUAGUCUCUAUUAAAUCUAAACUAGUCUCUAUUUAAUCUAAACUAGUCUCUAUUUAAUUUAAACGAAUCUCUAUUAAAUUCUAAACUAGUCUCUAUUAAAUCUAAACUAGUCUGUAUUAAAUCUAAACUAGUCUCUAUUAAAUCUAAACUAGUCUCUAUUUAAUCUAAACUAGUCUCUAUUAAAUCUAAACUAGUCUCUAUUAAAUCUAAACUAGUCUCUAUUUAAUCUAAACUCUAUUAAUUCUAAACUAGUCUCUAUUAAAUCUAAACUAGUCUCUAUUAAAUCUAAACUAGUCUCUAUUUAAUCUAAACUAGUCUCUGUUUAAUCUAAACUAGUCUCCAUUAAAUCUAAACUAGUCUCUAUUAAAUCUAAACUAGUCUCUAUUAAAUCUAAACUAGUCUCUAUUAAAUCUAAACUAGUCUCUAUUUAAUCUAAACUAGUCUCUAUUUAAUUUAAACGAAUCUCUAUUUAAUUCUAAACUAGUCUCUAUUAAAUCUAAACUAGUCUGUAUUAAAUCUAAACUAGUCUCUAUUAAAUCUAAACUAGUCUCUAGUAAAUCUAAACUAGUCUCUAUUAAAUCUAAACUAGUCUCUAUUUAACCAGAGCUCAGUGGACCUCAUCACUUUAUCUCUCACCACUUUAUCUCUCACCACUUUAUCUCUCAUCACUUUAUCUCUCACCACUUUAUAUCUCAUCACUUUA